GAAGAGAGCACAUCCGGCUGGGAGACCCACAGCUUUCCCUUGCUGAGAACCCUUAGUGCCUAUGUGGGAGCAUUUUCAUUUUAUCCUUUCUCCCUUGCCCCCAGAGCACGGAGUACCUGCUGUUGCUCUCAUGCCUCUUGCCAACAGUGGCAUCUGCUCAGUGUAGCCAUCAAGAAUUUGAAUGUCAAUAUCUUUGCCUUGAAAUGAAUGAAAAAGUAUUUGUCACUCAGCGGCAAUCAUUCUUCAAAUAAAAGGUCACUGGAAGGACUGAGCGCAUUCAGGAGCCUGGAGGAACUCAUCUUGGACAACAACCUGCUGGGGGACGACCUCGUGUUGCCACGGUUACCCAGACUCCAUACCUUAACCCUCAACAAGAACCGAAUCACUGAUUUGGAGUACCUGCUUGAUCACCUGACAGAAGUGACACCUGCUCUGGAGUAUCUGAGCCUGCUGGGCAACAUGGCCUGUCCCAAUGAGCUGGUCAGCUUGGAAAAAGAUGAGGAAGACUAUAAGAGAUACAGAUGUUUUGUUCUGCACAAGCUGCCCAACUUGAAGUUUCUGGAUGCCCGGAAAGUAACCAGACAGGAACGAGAGGAGGCGAUGGUCAGAGGAGCCUUCAUGAAGGUGGUGAAACCCAAGGCUUCUAGUGAGGAUGAUGCCACUGCCUCUCCAGGGCACCAUUACACGCCCUUGCCGUCUGCUUCCAGGGAACUCACCAGCCACCGAGGUGUCCUGGGGAAGUGUCGCUACAUUUACUAUGGGAAAAACUCAGAGGGCAACAGGUUUAUCCGCGAUGACCAACUCUGAAAGCCAAGUUGUGUAUGCCUCAGCCUAUUUUGUGAAAAUAAAAGACAAAGGGAAAUUGAAAAUAAAGAAAAAGAAAAAAAUAAUGGCCCACAUCACAUCUCUUUGGGAAGGCUGUGACUUUAGCUUUUGGUACCUUCUGCUGACUUUGCCAGGCCUGUCAAGAUCAUCCUUCUGCCUUAGAGUGAGUGGUCACAUAGAGAUUGACAUGAUUGCCCUUAAGCAGGUCUCAUCCACCAGGGUGACAGACAGCGGCGACGAAGCACCAGGGCUGACAGCAUGAGCACCAUGAUAGAUUGCCUAGUCCCUGCACUGCUCACAGGGGAGC